UGCAGCGCAUGCUAGUUGCUGCUGGAAGUUGGACAGUGAAGUUAGCCUCGUUGCACUUAGUAGUAGCGUAACUACAGGCUAACCAUGGCAGGCAAGAGGGCGUUAGUAAUCCUGUCUAAAGGUGCAGAGGAGAUGGAAACUGUUAUUCCUGUGGACGUCAUGCGUAGAGCUGGGAUUGCAGUGACUGUUGCAGGACUGACGGGCAAAGAGCCAGUGCAGUGCAGCAGAAACGUCGUCAUUUGUCCUGAUGCCAGCCUGGAGGAUGCCAGCAAACAGGGGCCAUAUGAUGUGGUGCUUCUGCCAGGAGGAAUGCCAGGGGCCCAGAAUCUGGCAGAGUCUCCUGCUGUUAAGGAGGUGCUGACGGAUCAAGAUGGCAGAAAAGGCCUGAUUGCAGCCAUCUGUGCAGGUCCCACUGCUCUUCUGGCACAUGGCAUCGGCUAUGGCAGCACAGUCACUACACAUCCUGCCAUGAAGGAGAAGAUGAUGGCUGGAGACCACUAUAAAUAUUCAGAGGCUCGGGUGCAGAAGGAUGGACAUUACAUCACCAGCCGUGGGCCAGGAACCAGUUUCGAGUUUGCCCUGACGAUUGUAGAGGAACUUAUGGGGGCUGAGGUUGCAGCUCAAGUCAAAGCGCCUCUUAUUAUGAAAGACUGACUGCAGCCGUGUUCACUUACAUACAAGCAGCCCUGGCUGCUAUAUAAGUCUGGCAGACAGCUAAUCCAAUGUAGCUGGCACAAAGAGUCAAAGUCACUAGUGACAAAUCAUUCUCGCUCAGAGUCACAAGGAUGUUGCUGUUCUGACAGGUUAUCGUCUUCCUUUGUCUUUCUUAGUUGGCAGUGAAAGGCACCCUUCUGUUAUUUAAUGCUGAAUUACAAAAUGGAUAACCACUGCACAGGACCUCCAAAUUAGAUGAAAUUUAUUUUGUUUCAUUGUAGUUUUCCCUCAAAUUGUUUGCUCAUUAGUUUGACUGCUUUAAUUGUUUCACUUGUCAUUAAAACAUGAAUAUG